AUCCAUCUCUUUCUUUCCUCACUCGAAUUUGUUCCGGGGGAUGGACCCUUCUUUGUCCUCUGCUAAUUAUUUAUCAAUACCAUUCUGUGAGCAAUGAAGAAGCGGAGAAUGCGGAACACCAAGAACCGUUACGAGAAUUAAUCACGGGAUCCAGCCACCGACUCCUCCCUCCUUUCUCAUGGGGAGAGUUCCUUCCUGGACCCGGAUCCCCAUUAUCGGGCAGAUCGCAGGAAGGCAACCCUUCACGUCGUGAAUCCCAUGUCAGCCCGCACACGGAUCUCGCCUCUCCUAGUUCUGCCUCUUUCUUAAGCAGGAGCUCAGCACUUUCGUGUCUCCGAGAUCCAAACUCAGAGUCCUUUCUAUUUUUUGCUUCCCCACCUUUUGUAGCCGGGAGAGAAAAGGAUUUUUCCUCGCACCUACUGGUACGGCACCGAAGACUUUCAGCUCCCGCGUCGUACUUCUACGCUCCAAAAAGACUUUUUUUCGGGUCAAGCAAAAGCUUCCGAGCGGAGAAUCAUUAUCGGUGAAGCUGACAGGGUGGUAGGAGGAGAUCUCGGGGGAUGAUCAUCAUGUGGGUUUCGUUCAGAAACUGAGGGACGGAUGAGCGAGAAGAGAACCAGCAUGCAGAGGCUAAAGAGGUACUUGUGGCUUGGAUCUGGGGCUUUCCGUCAUUUCGCGGACUCGAUCUGGAGGCCCUUCCUCAAGUCUCCAGCUCGCUCCUCCGCCGCCUUGCUCGUCCUCGCCUUCCUCCUCGUCAGCGCGUUCCUUUCCACGCGCCUCCUCGACUCCUCUGCCUCCUCCUCUUCUAUUAGCGCGGCGCCUAGGCCCAUCGUCAACAUUGCCACGAGCCACGUGUACCCUCGCAAGCCCCCCGCAGUCCUCGAGCGGCCCCGGGAGAAACUCGAGAUCCCCCUCAACUGCACCUCCUACAACCCCGGCCGGACAUGCCCCUCCAACUACCCCACCUCCUUCCGGCCGGAGCAGGAUCCCGACGCUCCGUCGGCCGCCGCCGCGUGCCCGGACUACUUCCGCUGGAUCCACGAGGACCUCAAGCCGUGGGCCCGCACGGGCAUCACGAGGGACAUGGUGGAGCGGGCCAAGGGGACCGCCAACUUCAGGCUGGCGAUCGUGGGCGGGCGGGCCUACGUGGAGACGUUCCAGAAGUCGUUCCAGACGAGGGACGUGUUCACGCUGUGGGGGAUUUUGCAGCUGCUGCGGCGGUACCCGGGUCAAGUGCCCGACUUGGAGCUCAUGUUCGACUGCGUCGACUGGCCGGUCGUUCAGUCGAGGCUGCAUAGCGGGCCCAAUGCCACGGGCCCACCACCUUUGUUUAGGUACUGCGGAGACGACGCCACGCUUGAUAUCGUCUUCCCUGAUUGGUCUUUCUGGGGCUGGCCCGAGGUUAAUAUAAAACCAUGGGAGUCCUUAUUGAGGGACCUCAAAGAAGGCAACAAGAGGGUUAAAUGGAUGGAUAGGGAACCUUAUGCUUAUUGGAAGGGUAAUCCGACCGUUGCUGCCACCAGGCAAGACCUUCUCAAAUGCAACGUAUCUGAUAAGCAAGACUGGAAUGCUCGUGUUUUUGCGCAGGAUUGGAUCCGAGAAUCACAGCAAGGAUACAAACAGUCAGACUUGGCAAACCAGUGCAUUCACAGAUACAAAAUAUACAUCGAAGGAUCGGCAUGGUCCGUCAGCGAAAAGUAUAUCCUGGCUUGUGAUUCGGUCACAUUAGUGGUCAAGCCCCAUUAUUACGACUUCUUCACCAGAGGUUUGAUGCCAGUGCACCACUACUGGCCCAUUAGGGAGGAUGACAAGUGUAGAUCCAUCAAGUUUGCGGUAGACUGGGGAAACGGCCACAAGCAAAAGGCACAGGCCCUUGGGAAAGCGGCGAGCAGUUAUGUCCUAGAAGACUUGAGGAUGGACUUGGUGUAUGAUUACAUGUUUCAUCUGUUGAAUGAGUACGCCAAGCUGCUGAGGUUCAAACCUGUCGUGCCCGAGAAAGCGGUGGAAUUCUGCUCCGAGCACAUGGCUUGCCAGGCAGAAGGGUUGGAGAAGAAGUUCAUGGAAGAAUCGCUGGUAAAGGGACCUGCCGACACAUAUCCUUGCAAAUUGGCUCCUCCAUAUGAUGCUCUGUCACUCUCCGCGAUCCGCAGAAGAAAAGAGAACUCGAUCAAGCAAGUGGAGACAUGGGAGAACAAAUACUGGGAUGGUCGAAACAAGUCCUAGAAAAGUCGGCUCUUUGUACAUUUCACGUGCACGAACACAAUGAAUUCGUUUCUGCCGUGCAUCUGAAGUCUUUUCAACUUAACAGGAAUAGCCGAUGAGCAAUAUUUACAUUGUAUUCUUAGAUUUAUAGAAAGAUGAGGUAUAAUACCAGGAUGAGUCAGAAUGUUAAGUCACCUUCCCCUGUUUCCAAAUGCACCCAGCAUAUGUGAGGCUUAUUAUGGUGAAUUGCGGGAACUAUAUGUAUGUUUUGGAAAGAAACAUUAGUCCAUCAUCUAACUGCUUCAGCAA